AUGGUUCAACUAAGUGCUACUGUUUAUAUAAUACGUGGAAUUCUAAGAUCAUUAUUCCACUCCACUACGACUAUACUUUACUUUAUCAUUUUUGGCUAGAAGCUCUUUGAAAUUCAGACUCCGAAGGGCUAGUCAAUAAACUUUGCCAAAUAAGAAAACCUUUCGGCUGGAAUUUUUCUCAGAAUAUACAUGAUCGGACAUAUGUUCACAACUAUUCUCAAUGUCAUUUCCAUAUUUAUGGCAAGGAAAAUUUUGAGUGCAGUCUACAAAGGAAUGUUUUAUUAUUCAAUUAUGAUGCUGAUAGAUGAGCUCUUCGAUACCAAUAGGCGCAGAAAUAACCAAUCUUAUUUUGGCACAUAAGUACCGCAACACAUAAUGGACAUAAUAGACUUAGACUAAUAGAAUCAUCAGUUCAAAGAUGUGAUUAAGAAUCUAAAGAUGUUUAAACUUACUGAAAGAACUAUGGAAAAACUCAAGAACAGCACUGAGAGUAAAUAUGAAUUCACUUGCUCUAUCUGCUUUGAUAACUUGAAACUUGAAGACGAAGUGAUAGAAACUUACUGCGACAAGGAGGUAGAAUAUAAGUUAGAUGAUGUUGUAAUUAAGAAGAAAAUUCCACACAUCUUUCAUUCUAAGUGCAUUUUAGUCUGGUUGGGAAAGGGUCAUUUAUCGUGCCCACUUUGUAGAACUUAGCUUUACUAAAAGUUAAUUUAACUUAAUACUAAUUUUAGUCAAAGGAUUGAUUAAAAUGUUAGAGUUGAAUAAGAUUCUCAUUAGCUGAGAAUUUAAUAUGGCAGAGACUUGGAAAGAGAUGAAACUGACUUGGAAAAUAUGGAUGAAUAAGCAUUGCAACAACAGUAAUAACAACAAUAAUAAUGGUAGCUAUAAAAUUUGGAAUAAUAAAGUAUAUCUAUUGCCUAAGCACAAAAUAAUAGUAGCUAAAUCCCCAGGGAUAUUCACUAAAGAGAAAGUUUAGAAAUCUAAUAGUAAUUGGCCCAAGUAAGUAUUAACGAUGUCAAUCUAAUAGUAAGAAGCAACGCUGAGAGAGUAGAUGAGAGUUCUUUAUUAAUGGACUAGGAUUUUAAUGAUGUAGAAGAAAGAUCAUCUGCUAAUAUGGAUGUUGUUGUAAAAUGA